GCCAUUGUUUGCACGGGCUAUUGGUAUUGAAUCUCUCGUCUUUAUACGAUACAAAGAACUUCAUUGCUCCAAGCUAUGUUAAUGGCUGCCUGUAAAAUUGUAAACCUCUGUCUUAAAAGCUACAAUUUUUCCGUUGCAUCAUUGCAGGCGUUCCAAUUUCCUCGCAGGUUGCAAAUUGCGACUCUUUCAUGGUUUCGGUUGUGUCCAUUCGUCUGAGUAAAAUCCAAUUCCAAAAUGUAGCAUCCAAAGUGCUCCUCCUUGGCGGCGGCGCCGCCAUCUCUCUGUUUACCGUCAGAACCUUUUCCGACAAGCCUAUGAUUGAUCACUCUUCUUCAGCCGCACCUUCGACAGUCAUAAAACGAAUCUGCUUUUGGGUGUGCGAUUCAUAUUACAGCCAACAGAAGAAACCCUCUCAUUAUGAUUCGACGCCUUCUUCGCUCAAUUUGCCCAUAGAUUCUGAUUUCUUGACCGCGGAACAGGCGAUCACUGUGGUUGCUUCAUUGGCCGAUGAGGCAGGUUCAAUGGUGGCACUGAGCUUCUUUUAUUGGGCCAUUGGGUUCCCCAAAUUCAGGCAUUUUAUGAGGUUCUACAUUGUUUCAGCCACUUGUUUGAUUAGAAAUGGAAACUUUGAGAGAACCCACGAGGUUUUACGUUGUAUGCUGCGGAAUUUCUCCGAGGUUGGGAUGUUGAAGGAGGCGGUCGACAUGGUUCUUGAGUUGCACAGCCAAGGCUUGGUUUUGAGCGCCCACACUUUGAAUUGCUCGUUGUGUGUGGUGAAUGAGAUGGGGUGUGUUGAGAUGGCUGAGAAAGUGUUCGAUGAAAUGUGUCAGAGAAGGGUGGUUCCAGAUUCCUAUAGUUUCAAGUCCAUGGUUGUGGCGUACUGUAGACUUGGGAGGGUUUCGGAUGCUGAUAGAUGGUUGACUGCUAUGUUGAGGAGAGGCUUUCUUGUGGAUAAUGCUACUUGUAGUUUGAUUAUAAAUAUGUUCUGUGAAAAUGGUUCCGUAAAUAGAGCAUUAUGGAUCUUCAAUAAGAUGGUUGAGAUGGGGUUGGAGCCAAAUGUAAUCAAUUAUUCGUGUUUAAUUAAUGGGUUGAGCAGUAGGGGAACCAUUAAGCAAGCAUUUGAAUUGUUGGAGGAGAUGGUCAGGAAAGGAUUGAAACCGAAUGUAUAUACCCAUACGGCAUUGAUUGAUGGUCUUUGUAAGAAAGGUUGGAUCGAGAAGGCGUUUCGUCUUUUCUUGAAACUUGUUAGGAGUGAGAAUUACAAGCCCAAUGUGCACACUUAUACAGCCAUGAUUGCUGGAUACUGCAAGGAGGGGAAGUUACAAAGGGCAGAGAUGUUGCUUGUGAAAAUGAAGGAACAAGGAUUGGCCCCUAAUUUGAAUACCUAUACUACCCUUAUUGAUGGUUAUUCCAAGAUUGGAGAUUUCGACAGAGCGUACAAAUUGAUGUACGCGAUUGGCGAAGAUGGAUUAAUUCCUAAUAUAUGUACGUAUAAUGCCGUUAUUGAUGGUCUCUGUAAGAAGGGAAUGGUCGAGGAGGCUUAUAGGUUGUUGAAUAGAAGCUUUGACGAUGGACUUUGUGCUGAUAAAAUUACGUACACCAUUCUUAUAUCCGAGAGCUGCAAGCGGGAUGAUGUUAAACAAGCUUUGGCUCUUGUUAGUAAGAUGAUAAAAAAUGGGAUUGCACCUGAUAUGCAUACUUACACAACUUUGAUCUCGUCACUUUCACGGCAAAGGAAGAUGGAAGAAUGUGAAAGAAUGUUUUGUGAUGCUGCUAAUACGGGCCUUAUUCCAACCACACAGACUUAUACGUCUAUGAUUUGCGGCUACUGUCGAGAUUGUAAGGUUGACAUGGCGAUGAAGGUGUUCGAUAAGAUGCGCGGCAAUCGCUGUGCACCAGAUAGUUUUACAUAUGGGGCUCUAAUAAGUGGGCUUUGCAAGGAAUCCAUGUUGGAUGAGGCUAAAGCACUAUUUGAAGAGAUGAUGGACAAAGGUAUCUCCCCAUGUGAAGUUACUCGUACGACUAUAGCUUAUGAGUUUUGCAAGAAGGAUGAAUCUUUCACAGCUAUGGCCCUUUUGGACAGAUUAGACAAGAAGCUAUGGGUUCGCACUGUUAGUACGUUAGUCAGAAAGCUUUGUAGUGAACAAAAAGUCGACAUUGCAGCCCAGUUUUUUGAUAAGUUGUUAGAUGCAAACCAGACUUUGGAUCGUGUAACACUUGCCGCAUUUACGACAGCAUGUUACGACAGUAACCACUAUGCACUCGUUUCUGAUAUGUCUAAGAGGAUAAGAAAAGAAAGGGUAUAAAGUGAUUGUUGUGAUGCCAAAUCUUGACGUGUUGCUGAGAUCCACACCAGGUGUCAUAUUUGCUGCUUCGGUCUGGCAUGAUUGGAAGAAGAAGACAAAAUAUUACCCAGUACACUAGUGUGAAUUAAUCAGGCUUCCCACUCAUCAAUGAAUUGUAGAUACGGGGGAAUUUAUCUUGAUUCAGACAUUUUAGUGUUGAAGUCGCUUUCAGACUCGAUAAUACGGUUUGACUUGAGGAGGAGGAGCUUGCUGAAGAAAAAACUGUAAAUUCUGCGGGGAUGGCAUUUAGAAAGCACGGAUACUUGAAUCCUUUGUUUUCUCCACUGCAAUGGAUGACAAUGUCGAUGGGCAGUUUCACUAUCACAAAAUCGGGCCUUGGUCGAAUAAAGGGUAUUGUCUUGAAAUCCAUAAGGAUUUUGGCUUUGAAGGGAGAACCUCUAGGGCCUGAGGAAUCGGCGCCGGCACUGGAGAGCGAGCCCAACACAAACUGAUGAUUCAGUCUAUUCAAGUAAGAUGUUUCGACCUUACUGUAAUCGAGAGCGAGCCCCGUUAUCGUUGUUUCGGCCUUUAUGUAAUCGAGAGUACUUGCUACUUUGUCUUUUUUCAUAUCGAAUGAACUUCUUGGUUUUUUUAUAUUUUAUAAUUGACAUUGCAUUCUUCAUA